AAAUAUAGUAUACAGCAUUCGCAAAUCUACACUGUAUAGUAUUCGUAGUUUAUUUUAGAAAAGAUUUUUGCACUGUACGCUAUAUAAUACAUGGAGAGUUUGAAAACUUGUAAUCAAUACAUCAAUACAUGUUAAUUUAAAAUAAAAUAUUAGAACAUUAUCUAAUAUAACUAAUAAUUUAAUACAAUUAAUAUGGUUACUAUUAAAUCUUUUUAAAUUAUAAUUGAAAUUAAUAACUUAAUCAAGUAAUAAUACUUAAAAUAAGAGAGAUAUGAAUCACAUUUUGUUAACGCGGAUGUACAGUUCUGGUACAGUACAAAAGAGUGCAAAAUUAAUUAGAAAUGAAUUUUUGGAGUAUUUUGAAAAAGAUUUAGGCCAUACUUUUAUUCGCUCAAGCCCUGUUAUUUCGCUUAAUGAUCGUACAGUUGCAUUUGUUAAUGCUGGCAUGAAUCAGUUUAAAGGAAUUUUUUUAGAUUAUUAUGAUCCACCUGCAAUGAAAGUUACAAAUUCACAAAAAUGCAUAAGAAUUAGUGGAAAACAUAAUGAUUUAGAUAUAGCUGGGAAUGAUAGUUAUCAUCACACAUUUUUUGAAAUGUUGGGAAAUUGGUCUUUUGGAAGUUACUUUAAAAAAGAAGCCUGUCAUUAUGCUUGGGAUUUAUUAACAAAACAUUAUGGUAUUGACAAAGAAUGUUUAUAUGUAACAUAUUUUGCUGGAGAUGAGAAAUUAGAAUUGAAACCUGAUUUGGAAUGUAAAGAUAUUUGGUUAAGUAUAGGUGUUAAAAGAGAUAAAAUUCUUCCGUUUGGAUUAAAAGAGAAUUUUUGGGAAAUGGGUAUUUCAGGACCAUGUGGUCCUUGUACAGAAAUACAUGUAGAUCAUACAAAACAAUUGAAAAAUCGAAGUAUGCAAGUUAACAAAAGUUACACAGAUCUUACUGAAUUAUGGAAUAUAGUUUUUAUACAAUAUGAACGGUUAUCAAAUGGUGCAAUAGUACCUUUAUCUAAGCAUUAUGUUGAUACAGGCAUGGGAUUUGAAAGAUUAGUUGCAGUAUUACAAGGAAAACAGUCAAAUUAUGAUACAGAUAUUUUUCAACCAUUUUUUAAAGCUAUUCAAAAAUAUACAAAAGCACCAGAAUAUGGAGGUAAAUUUCAUAAUGAUAAAAAUGAACUUGAUAGUGGAUACAGAAUUUUGGCAGAUCAUAGCAGAAUGAUCACUGUAGCUUUAGCAGAUGGAGUUGUACCGGAACAAAUCAAUAAACUUAGGAAAAUGAUAAGAAGAUCAAUUGAUGUAGGUGAAAAAGUCUUUAAAAAGGAAGGAAUACUUUCUGAACUCACAUAUAUUGUAGUAGAAAAUUUAGGUGAUACUUAUCCAGAAUUGCAGAAGAAUCUAAAAAAGGUGCAAAAAAUAAUAGAAUUUGAAGAAAAUUUAUAUAAAAAGUUACGUUAUACUUGUAGUAAGCAAUGGACAAAAAUUAUUAAAACAUACCCUCAAUUGAAAUCAAUCACUGAACAAUUGGCUCCUGGACUUGAAGAUGGAUACAAGUAUCUUCAACAUGUACUGCAUGAUUUAAAAAUGGCUAAUAUAUUACCAGGAAAUGUUGCUUUCAAAUUAUAUGAUACAUAUGGCUUAAGUGUAGAAACAAUAACUGAACUAGCAGAGAUUGAAUCUCUAUAUUUUGAUAAAAAAGUUUUCCAGAAAGAAUUAGAAGACCUCAAAAAUCGAUCUAGAAUUGGUCUUGAAAAAAGUGAUGUUACAGCUAUGAAGAAAUCUUUAGAAAUACUUGAAAAAAAUAAUGUACCUAAAACUGAUGACAGUUUCAAAUAUAAAUAUACUGUUAAUGGAAAUAAUUAUGAGUUUCCUAAAAUUGAAAGCAAAAUUUUGGCAUUAAUUAUAAAUGGCAACAUAAUAUUAAACAAAGCAAAUGAAAGUACAAACAAAGAUAUAAAUUCAAUUAAUGAGAUAAUUACAAAUUACGAUAUAGAAUCAGAUAAAGAGGAAAUUGGAGUUAUACUAGAUAAAACAUUGUGUUAUUCAACACAAGGUGGUCAAAUAUCAGAUAAAGCUAUUAUUUGUACAAAAAAUUUCAAUUUUGAUAUAAAUAAUGUAAAGAAAAUUAAUGGAUAUGUUAUUCAUUAUGGUAAAUUAGUACAAAUUGAUUUGAGAAAAUGCAUUGAAGAAUUAAAGCUUAAAGAUGAUUGUUUGGUUCUCAUUGAACCUGAAUUUCGUAUAGGGGUAAUGAAACAUCAUACUGCUACACAUUUAUUACAUGCAUCAAUACAACAGAUUAUAGGAGCAGUAUAUUUACGCAAUUAUAUUAUUAUACCACAAAACUUGAAAUGUCAAUUUAAUUCAUUUGGAGAAAGUCUUUCUCUUAAACAAUUGAAUGAAAUUGAAGAACUUAUAAAUAAUAUUAUAACAGCUAAUGUUCCAGUUACUACAAGAAUAUUAAAUACUUCAGAAUUAUUAGCGGAAAAUUCCGUAACAUUUAUACCAGGAGAAAUUUAUCCUUACAAUGAUAUUAGACUUGUAGAUAUUGAUUUUCGUGAUUUAAAAUCAAAAGAAGCAUGUUCUGGUACACAUGUGUUGAAAACAGGAGAAUUAGAAUAUUUUUGUUUUCUAAAUUAUUUUUCAAAAGCAGCAACAAAUUUUACUCUUAAAGCAACUGUAGGAUCACUUGCAAGAUCUGCUAAAUUGGCAGGUGAAAAUGUACAAUAUAAAAUUUUGGAUUUAGAAAACAAAUUGAAAAAUGAGAAAAUAACACAAGAAACAUUAAAAGCAAUUAGUAAGGGGAUUGAGAAUGAAAUAAAAAAUGACAAUAAUACACCAAUACCAUAUCUCAUUAAAGAAGAGUGUUUAGUGAAAUUAAAAUACUUAAAUAAAAUUAUUCGCAAACAAAAAGAAAUAUAACAAUAAGUACUGCUUUUU